ACCCUGUUGUUUCGUUUAUUUUCAAUUGGUGGGGUAUUUGGAAAAAAAAUGAUGAAAAUGGUGAAUGGAUGUAUGAUGGUUAUAAUCAUAAGGAAAUAAAAGACACAUAGAAAAGUAUGACUCUAGAUAGAAUCAUUGGUGAAUUUGAGGAAUGUUAUGGUUCUAAACCUAAGGCAGCCUGGAGCUCCUAUCCGGUGGAAUAUAAGUUGAACCUUGCAAAAAUCUCAGCUAUCAACAAGAAGGCUGCUCAAGAUCUGCUUCAGUACCCUCCUGAGAACUGGUGCAGAGCUUUUCAAAGCUCUAGGUGUUCAACAUACAUGGUGGACAACAAUAUCAGUGAGUCCUUUAAUGCAAGUAUUUCAGAUGCUAGACAUAAGCCAAUAAUAUCUAUGCUAGAAGAUAUUAGGGUAAUAGUUAUGUCUAGAGUAAGGGAUAGGAAGGUAAUGGUCAAUCAUUGGAAAACUGAAUGGUGUCCCAAUGCCAUUAAAUUGUUUGAGGCAAAUAAGACUGCAUCUAUGGAGUGUACUGUAUUGUGGAAUGGGGAUUAUGGCUAUGAAGUGAGUGAUGGUGAGGACAAACACAUAGUGUUUGUAGAUACCAUAAAAUGUACAUGCAGGUUGUGGGAGUUAAGUGGUGUACCCUGCCCUCAUGCAAUUGCCGCAUUCUACUCAAGCUCACUGGAUCCUCUCUCUGUCAUGAGCCACUGGUUUCAUAAGGAUAUGUACAACAAAUCCUAUGAACAUACCAUUCAACCAGUGCCUGGUAAAAAGUUUUGGGAUGUCAAGUUCAAAGAUGCCAUUGAGCCUCCACCUGUGGAGAAGAAGAUUGGAAGGCCGAAGAAGAACAGAGUGAGAGCUCCAAAUGAGCCCAGGCUAAAGCAUAAGCUUUCAAGAAAGGGAAAGACUCAGCAUUGCAGUGUAUGUAGAAGUGCAACCCACAAGAAAGACUCAUGCCCUCAAAGGCCUAAAGAGUUAUGCAACAAAUCAGGGGCUUCUACUUCUACAAAUACCAGAAAGAAGAUGAGUGGAGUAGGGCUUUAUGUCAACAUUGAAAGUGGAAAACAGAUCCUUAAUGUGUGA